AUGUGUGAGGUGAGGGGGGUGUUGUGGGUGAGUUGGUGGUGUCGCUUGUCGUUUUACUGUGGUGUGUUGGUGUGGGGUUGGUUGUUUGUGGGUGUGGGUUUUGUGUUUUUGUGGUCGGUGGGUGGUGGGGGAGGGGGGGGUGGGAGGGUGUGGUGGGUGGGGUGGUGUGUGUGUGUUGUGGAUAAGGAUUGGUGUUCCGUUAUUGGUGUGCGGGUGUGGGGUGUUGGGGGGUGUGUUGAGUUGGGUGGUGGGGUGGUUAGUGCGUUGUUCGUGUGCGUGAUGUAUGGUGGGGUGGCUGAGGUGGAGUGGGGGGGGGUGUGGGUAGUGGUGGUGUUGCGGUUGUGGAGGUUGUUGAAGUUGGCGGUAGUUGUUGUGUGUGUUGUGGGUGUGGGUGUGGGGAGGGUUGGGUGUGUGUGUGGUUCGGGGUUGGGUUGUAGGGUGGGGUGUUGUUGGUUUGGUGGGUGGGUGGUUGUUUGUGGAGUGGUUGUGUGGUUGUGUAGUAUGUUGUGUAUGGAAUGUGUUUGUUGUGUGUGGGGUGUGUGUAUGGUGGGGUUGUGGUUUGUGGUGAAGGUGGUUUGUGUGAUGGUUGGUGUGUGGUGCGUGUGGAGUGCUGGUUAG